GUUGUUCUUUGUCGUCACGCGGAUUCGUAUGGAUUUUAUUGGCUAUGGGGCACGUCCAUCUCCACAGCCAUUUCCGGGUCCGGUGGCUGUUAUCGCACCCGUGGCGAGUCGGACUCGGGAGCGUUAGAAGGACGUCGCUUAAUAUUUAUAAACAGCGUGAUGCUGUCAGAGGUGCUCCAGGUUGUGCGGGGUGCCGGCAGGGUCGGUGCCGCCUUCGCCACCACGCAGGCAGAGCAGCUGCGGUUGAUCGCCUGCAACUCGACACUGGGAGCCGGAAUCAAAGCUGCACAGGAUGCAGUUGGGGCUUGGAGUGGCACCAUGAUAAAAGAGGACAAGACAACCAAAUCUGAGGAGUUCCCAGACAUUGAAGGAUGGGACCAGAUGGAGGACCAUGAGGCAGCUAAAUGGGCCGUGGGCUCAGAUCUCGCGCCGGAUUUCUCGGGCAAGGAGGAGAUUUACCCUCCAGCAGGAACACCCAAAGGAACACCAGCAGGGACCGGCAGGCCUGGGCAAAGCACUCGGUUCUUGCACGUUUUAGCACCUCAUCACGUGAGGUUUGUUCAUGACUCCGUUGUGGCCAGGCUGAGUCCAGAGGACAUCAAAAAGGCCCGGGAAGUUAAACAGAGUGCCAGCCGGCCUGUUCGCCAGAAGCUAAGUGAGCGAGCUAAAGAAAGGAAGGUUCCUGUCACACGGAUUAGCAGACUUGCAAAUUUUGGGGGUUUAGCUGUUGGACUGGGAAUUGGUGCCAUUGCGGAGGUCGCAAAGCAGUCUUUUGGAGGCAAAAAAUCAAAUAGCGGUGCGGUGAUGGAUUCUCCGCUCCUCUCCGAGGCCAAUGCUGAGCGGAUUGUUAACACGCUGUGUAAGGUGCGAGGAGCAGCGCUGAAGAUUGGACAGAUGCUGAGCAUUCAGGAUAACAGCUUCAUUAAUCCACAACUACAGAAGAUCUUUGAGAGGGUCAGACAAAGUGCGGACUUCAUGCCGGCCUGGCAAACCACUAAAGUAUUGGAGGAGGAGUUGGGCCCUGGCUGGAGGGACAUGCUCCUGUCAUUUCAGGACAAACCCUUUGCAGCUGCCUCCAUUGGUCAGGUGCAUCUCGGAGCCCUGCCUGAUGGAAGAGAAGUGGCUAUGAAGAUUCAGUAUCCAGGAGUUGCAGAGAGCAUUAAAAGCGACGUGAACAACCUGAUGUCCGUGUUGAAGAUGAGUGUGCCGCUUCCUGAGGGUUUAUUCGCAGACAGCAGCCUGGAGGUCCUUCACAGGGAGCUCGCCUGGGAGUGCGACUACAAACGAGAGGCAACAUGUGCCAAGCACUUCAAGGCCCUAAUGGAAGGAGACCCGAUAUUUAAAGUACCUGAGGUCAUCGAUGAGCUCACCACCUCUCGCGUGAUCACCAUGGAGUUGAUUAACGGAGUCCCACUGGACAGCUGUGUGGAUCUGGAUCAGGAGACCAGGAAUAAGAUAUGCUUCAGCAUCUUGCAUUUGUGUCUGCGAGAACUUUUUGAGUUUCGCUUCAUGCAGACGGAUCCCAACUGGUCCAACUUCUACUAUAAUGCCGAGGAGGACAAGAUUUACCUGUUAGACUUUGGAGCCUGUCGAGAAUACCCAGAAGCCUUCACUGAUGACUACAUCGAGGUGGUGCACGCAGCCUCAGUAGGUGAUCGGGCCAGAGUUCUCCAGAAAUCCAAAGACCUGAAGUUCCUCACUGGCUACGAAGCCAAGGCGUUUGAGGAAGCUCACGUGGAGGCGGUGAUGAUCCUGGGAGAAGCAUUCGCCUCUUCGGGCGCUUUCGACUUCAGCACUCAGAGCACGACGCGUCGGAUCCACAAUCUGAUCCCGGUGAUGCUCCGUCACCGUCUCGCUCCUCCUCCAGAAGAGACGUACUCGUUGCACCGCAAGAUGGCCGGCUCCUUCCUCAUUUGCUCCAAGCUACAGGCACAAAUUCCCUGCCGCGAAAUGUUCCUCAACAUCUAUAACGCUUAUAAACAACGUCACCAGGGUGCAGGUGGAGAAUAGACUCAGCCAAGGACCGUCUGGAGUCUGGGGAGAUGAACUUGUUUAACGAGUAACGAGUUUUAGAUGAACUUGAGUUUUCAGAACUGUGUGGUGUUUUUUUUUUGUUUGUUUGUUUUUUUACUGAGUGUCCUGACUGACCAAGUUUAUUCACAAAUAAAGAGAAAUCAUA